AUGAAAUGGAGUGUCCCGACCAAGACCCUGUUUCUCCUCAAAGUUGUCUGCUUUCUAUGCUUCUCAGUUUCCGGCGACAACCGCUGGCCGGAGAAGUCGGUUCUGCUCGACCUGAAAGCCUCGGUGUCGGACCCAGAUGGGGUUCUGUCUACCUGGGCCGACAGCAGCUCUGAUCACCACUGUUCCUGGUUCGGGGUCUCCUGCGACUCGAAGUCCAAGGUUGUCUCGCUCACCAUAACCGGCGGCGGUGAAAAUAAAAGAGGUAACUUUGAAGCCUUUACUUGCUCUGAGACUGUGAAAUUUCAAUUCCAGUAUGAUGGGUUUGGGGCUUGGAGAAGUAGUGAGGUUAGUGAUGGGAGAUUAGGUGGAAAGCUUUCACCUUUGAUUGGGAAACUGAGAGAGCUUAGAGUUUUGUCACUGCCGUUUAAUGAGCUUAGAGGUGAGAUUCCCGAGGAGGUUUGGGGGUUAGAGAAGCUUGAAGUGCUUGAUCUUGAGGGGAACUUGUUGGAGGGGGAAUUGCCGAGGAGGUUUGAGGGUUUGAGGAAGUUGAGGGUUUUGAAUGUUGGGUUUAAUCGGAUUGGUGGGGAGGUUCCGGUUUCGCUUUCGAAAUGUAAGGAUUUGGAGGUUAUGAGUUUGGCUGGGAAUGAAGUGAGUGGAGCUGUUCCUGUGUUUUUGGGUGGUUUUGCAAAGUUGAAGGGGGUGAAUUUGGGUGGGAAUAGGUUGAAUGGAUCGAUUCCGGGCAAUUUUGGAAGAUCUUGCCGGAAUCUUGAGCAUUUUGAUGUGUCGGGGAAUUCCCUUGUUGGGAAGAUUCCGCGUAGUUUGGGGAAUUGUCUGCGGUUACGGACUGUUUUGUUGUUUUCGAAUAUGCUGGAUGGUGUGAUUCCUGGUGAACUUGGUAAGAUUCGGGGGCUUGAAGUUCUGGAUGUGUCUAGGAAUAGCCUUAGUGGUCCUAUCUCUGCUGAGCUUGGACAAUGCGCCAAUUUGUCGGUUCUUGUCCUGUCAAAUCUUUUUAAUCCAUUGCCAAUCGAUCAGAAUACAAGUGGAGAUUCGUCGGUUGAGUUAUACAAAGGAGUGGUUGAUGAUUACAAUUUUUAUGAAGGCUCCAUUCCUGAGGAGAUUACAAGGUUACCGAAUUUGAGAAUAGUUUGGGCGCCAAGGGCAACCCUCGAAGGCCAGCUUCCGAGCAAUUGGGGUGGUUGUGAGAACUUGGAGAUGGUGAACUUGGCUCAGAACCUUUUCACUGGAGAGGUCAUUGGAGUGUUUGAUAGAUGCAAGAAGCUGCAGUAUCUAAAUUUGAGCUCAAAUAAGCUGAGUGGGAAGCUUGAUGGAAAACUACCAGUUCCUUGUAUGACCAUUUUCAGUGUCAGUGGGAACCUCUUGUCUGGACCCAUCCCUACAUUUGAUUUCGCAGUGUGCCCCCAUGUGCCUCGAAAUUCAGAUCUUGUCCGAGUCCACAAUCCAUCAUUUCCGUAUCAAGUUCUCUUUAUUUGCAGAACUUAUCUUGACACCCAUUUACCACUUUUUGGUGCUAGUUUCACAUUGAUUCAUGAUUUUAGUGGUAACAACUUCACUGGUCCAAUCCAACACCUUCCUCUUGCACCUGAGAGGUUAGGGAAGCAAACUGUUUAUGCAUUUCUUGCUGGUGGGAACAAGUUCACUGGAUCAUUUGCUGAAAUCUUAAAUGGAAAGUGUGAUGGCUUAUAUGGGAUGGUUUUUAAUGUUAGCUACAACAAGUUAUCAGGUCACAUUCCAUUCAAGACUAGCGUGAUAUGCAGAUCACUUAGACUCUUGGAUGCCUCUGGAAAUCUCUUAUCUGGGUCAAUACCACCAGAUCUUGGGGAUGUGAAGUCUCUCGUCUUUCUCGACUUGAGCAGGAACCAGUUGCAGGGUGAAAUUCCUACAGGACUCAGUAAUUUGAGGUAUCUCAAGUAUCUGUCCUUGGCUGAUAACAACUUUACUGGUACUAUUCCUGCUAGCUUUGUGAAGUUGCGCUCCCUUGAAGUUUUAAAGCUAUCAGCAAACUCUCUUUCUGGCGAUAUCCCCCAAGGUCUUGUUAAGUUGAAAAACUUAACUAUUUUUAUGCUCAACAACAAUAAGCUCUCUGGGCACAUCCCUUCUGGUUUGACUAAUGUGAGAUCCCUGUCUACAUUUAAUGUCUCAUUUAACAACCUGUCUGGUUCAUUUCCAUUGAGCAAUAAUAUGAUGAACUGUAGCGGUGUCCUUGGGAACCCUUUUGUUAAUCAAUGCCGCAUUGUUUCCCUCGCUGCGCCGUAUUCAGCUCAGCCAGGUAGCUCUGUGAGUUCACCAGAUACCUCUGAUUCUCAGUCAACAAGUGCUCCUGGAAAUAAUGGUAUAAAGUCAAUUGAGAUUGCAUCCAUAGUAUCUGCAUCAGCUAUCGUGUUGGUUCUCAUCACUCUUAUUAUCCUCUUCUUUUACACAAGAAAAUGGAUACCAGAUUCCAGAGUUCAGGUUUUUGAAAAUAAAGAAAUUACAAUUUUCACAGAGAUUGGGGCACCAUUGACGUUUGAGAAUAUUGUUCAGGCAACAGGGAAUUUUAAUGCCAGUAACUACAUUGGGAGUGGAGGAUUCGGGGCAACUUACAAAGCAGAGAUUGCUCCAGGAACCAUAAUAGCUGUCAAGAGGCUUGCUGUUGGAAGGUUUCACGGUGUUCAACAAUUCCAUGCUGAGAUUAAGACCCUCGGAAGUGUGAGACACCCCAACCUGGUAACUUUAAUAGGUUACCAUGCCAGUGAAACCGAGAUGCUACUCAUAUAUAAUUAUUUACCAGGAGGGAAUUUGGAAAAUUUUAUCAAGGAAAGAUCUAAAAGAUCUUUUACCUGGAAGAUUCUCCACAAAAUUGCUCUUGAUAUUGCUCAUGCCCUUUCUUAUCUUCAUGACGACUGUAUCCCGCGUGUCCUACACCGUGAUGUCAAGCCAAGCAAUAUACUGUUAGAUGAUAACUUGAAUGCUUAUUUGUCUGACUUUGGAUUGUCUAGGCUGCUGGGAACUUCUGAAACGCAUGCAACAACCGGUGUCGCAGGAACUUUUGGGUACGUAGCACCCGAGUAUGCUAUGACCUGUCGUGUCUCUGAGAAGGCCGAUGUUUACAGCUAUGGUGUUGUGCUGCUUGAAUUGAUUUCGGAUAAGAAAGCCCUGGACCCAUCUUUCUCUUCACAUGGAAAUGGUUUCAACAUUGUUUCUUGGGUGUGCAUGCUGUUAAAAAUGGGUCGGGCUAAAGAUGUAUUCAUGGAAGGACUAUGGGAGGCAGGACCUGAAGAUGAUCUGGUCGAGAUGCUGUACUUGGCUGUCAAAUGUACUGUUGAGGUCCUCUCCAUUAGGCCUACAAUGAGGCAAGUUGUCCGAACACUGAAGCGUAUACAACCUGUUUCAAGCUAGUUGAAUAAUGACCAGAGUAUAGGUAAAGUGGUAGACCAUAACUUAGUGAGUAUAGAAGGUAUUCUAGCUGGUAAUUUGUACAUUUUCUUGCGGGACUGACAUUUAGAGGAUCCCUCAAAAUUGGUUCUCUGUUUGUUCUUUCUCUUGUAACAUGUAUAUUUCUCCUGAGCUGAGGAAAUUUUGGAACGUGCAUUUAUACAUGUCUCAGUUCAUUGCCAAUUAUAAUGGACAGAGGUUUAUUGUCUUGUUAUCUAGUCAUUU